GCUCAGCUUGUAGUUCUCAUCGAAAUUUUCCUAGUGUGCGCAGUUUUUAUGUGAAAACAGAUUUUUUCACUAUUAAAUUGAAUUCGUAGUGCGUAUUUGAUUUGCACCUUAUUUUGGUUUUUCUCGUUUUGCACUUUUGGUUUUCAUUUAUGGAAAAAAGUGCCGCUGAAGAGAUUGCGAAAGUUACGAUUAAAAAGGAAGUGCUUAACGAUGAUAUAAAAGAAUUUGCUGAAACAGCCAUGAAUGAGCUUCUAGGCUGGUACGGAUAUGCCAAUAACAAUCACAGGGAUGCACGUGCAUGCAAGUCGCAUUCCGGAAGCAACAGUUCUGGACCGUCGUCUCCCAAAUUUAACGAGGGUUGCGGAUGGUGUGGCAAAGCAGUCGACGAGAAUACAGGCCUGUCUUCAGCAGCUGCAACAUUUUGUUCCGAAUUAUGUUUUUCUCAGUCAAGAAGGGCCAAUUUCAAGAAAAAUAAGACAUGCGAUUGGUGCAGACACGUCAGACAUACAGUUUCGUACGUCGAUUCUCAGGACGGCUCAUCGCAGUUGCAGUUUUGUUCCGACAAGUGUUUAAAUCAGUAUAAGAUGCAUAUUUUUUGGCGCGAGACACGUGCCCAUCUGGAAAUCCAUCCCCAUAUCCAUGGAGAGGAGUCUUCCAGUGGUACUUUGAUCACUCCAGAUCUGUGGAUGAGCAAAUGUAAGUCUCCAGAAGUGCAAAUUUCGUCGCCGUCUUCUUCGCCGAAAUUGGCGGAAAAUCCGCAACAAACAUCGCCAUUGCCAUUAAUCACUGUUGCUCACCCGUCAAAGCUGAUGUCAGUGCAAGAGGCUGAACCUAAAAGACAGAGAAAUAAAGUACAAAAGAAAAAUAAAAAGAAAAAUGCCAGUUUACCAAGUUGCACAAGCACAAAUAAGACUUUCUCGACUGAUAUGCCCCAAGAUUUGCGAAUAAGACAUACCCCUACUGAUUUCGACGUUAAUAGACCUAAUUCAGAUGACAAAAGUAAGACUCAACAAAGUGCAGCUAAUGAAGGGGCGUCUCGAUUGAGCCAAACACAGUAUUUUUGUAAUUCCGAAGCUGUAACUCAUAGAAAAUUGCUUGAUAGUUUAGUACCACCUCCCACCAUUUUGGUUCCUUAUCCUCUUAUACUGCCUCUACCUCUUCCUAUUCCUAUACCCAUUCCCCUACCUUUUCCAAAGGGUCUCUUGAGUAAAGUUCAAGACAAUGUUGAGAAAUGCAGAGAUGCUUCAAGUCAAACUGAACAAGAGUUCAGUUCUAGUCAAAUCGUGAGUGAGAUUGUUGAAGACAACACGGAAAUAAAUAGAAAUAGUAUUAGGCCUCUGAGGAAAAGAAAACGAAUUGUAGAGAAAAAAUCCAAGUUUUUCAUCAAGAACAAAAAGAUAUUAUCCACCUGAAUAUUUGUACGUUUAUUGGAAUAAUUUUCGUAUUUCUCUUUUGCUAAUUUGCUAUUGUACAUACACUUCGGAAUAAAUAAAAUAAGUAUA